CAUAUUGAACGUAACACGUAUUGAAAAUAUUAGUAAAUAUUUAUUUGAUUUGUAAAUAUGUAUAAAUUAUUAGUAAUCAGUAUAAAAUUAAGAUGUUAAGAAGGCGGCAUGUAAACAUUAAAACUGUCAAAGAACUGGAUGGAUUUCCUAAGGUUCCUGAACCUUAUGUUGAUAAGACUGCAGUUGGAGGAACAUUUUCUAUAUUUACAAUAUGUAUUAUUGCAUACCUUAUAAUAGCUGAAACAAGUUAUUAUCUUGAUAGCAGAUUACAAUUUAAAUUUGAACUAGAUACAGAUAUUGAUGCAAAAUUAAAAAUAAAUAUUGAUAUAACUGUCGCUAUGCCAUGUGGUCGCAUUGGUGCAGAUGUUCUAGAUUCUACCAAUCAAAAUAUGGUAGGGCAUGAAUCCUUGGAGGAAGAAGAUACUUGGUGGGAAUUAACACAAGAACAAAGAUCCCAUUUCGAAGCUUUAAAACAUAUGAAUUCUUAUUUAAGGGAGGAAUAUCAUGCAAUUCACGAGCUAUUAUGGAAAUCUAAUCAAGUUACUUUGCACAGUGAAAUGCCUAAACGAAGUCAUCAACCUUCAUAUCCACCGAAUGCAUGCCGCAUUCAUGGCAGUCUAAAUGUUAAUAAAGUAUCUGGAAAUUUUCAUAUAACAGCUGGAAAAUCAUUAUCUAUUCCCAGAGGACAUAUACAUAUUUCAGCAUUUAUGAUUGAUAGAGACUAUAAUUUUACUCAUAGAAUAAAUAAGUUUUCAUUUGGCGGGCCUAGUCCGGGUGUUGUUCAUCCAUUAGAAGGCGAUGAAAAAAUUGCUGAUAACAAUAUGAUUUUAUAUCAGUAUUUUGUGGAAGUAGUUCCCACAGAUAUACAGACUUUAUUGAGUACUUCUAAAACUUAUCAGUAUAGCGUAAAAGAUUAUCAAAGACCUAUCGAUCAUCAAAAAGGAUCCCAUGGAGUUCCUGGAAUCUUUUUUAAGUAUGACAUGAGUGCACUUAAAAUAAAAGUUACUCAACAACGUGAUACAGUAUCCCAAUUUUUAGUAAAAUUAUGUGCUACGGUUGGAGGCAUUUUUGUUACAAGCGGAUUAGUAAAGAAUAUUGUUCAGUAUUUUUGGUACAUUGUAUGUUGCAAAUUCUUAACACCUAAAGAAACCAAAAAUGACCAAAUGCUUGUAACUCCAGUAGUUAAUACAAACCAUCAAAUACCUGGAACAAUAAAUUUGCUAAAUGUUUCAGUACCAAAUAACAUGGAUAUCAUGUUUCAAUCUCAGUGAAAACUGUUUUUAAGUGAAAAUGAUAAUAAACUAAGCAUUUGUAAUCAUUUUGUAAAUAACAAAUUAAUAAUAACAAUAAUUUUAUAUUUAUG